AUGAUUCCUGGGGACUGCGACAACCUGGGUUUUAUAGUCGACCAUCGUGAAGCUCAUCUCGUCAAGUCUUCAAGCAAUCGGAUCAUGAUUAGACGAAAGGAGUAUCGAAAAUGCGGAGAGGACUUCAUCCCGCCGGAGUUGUCCCCUGUCACCAGCGACGCUGUGUCGGGAAGUGGGGGAUGCGCGGCAACGGCAGAGCGUCUUGAUCUCUUCAACACUCGGCCACGAAGAGAGGAAUGGAUGAACGAUCAUCAUCGGUCGAGGCCGAGUUGUGCAAUCAGCCCAUGGUGCGUCAUAUGCUCGGAGAAAUGGCUCGGAGAAAUGCAGGUUGGCUUUGAGGAAAUUGAAUUCAUUGAGGUCGUGAGUCUUGACACGACGUGUGGAGAAGUGCAGGAAGCGGAGUCAUACUGUGUACCUCUGGGGUGGAGUCACUGGAGUGUGUUGAUGCGGGGAACCCAGCGAGGAACGCGUCAGGACUCAAUCUAUGGAUCAUUGGAUAGCUUACCCGUUUGA